AUGAAGGGAUGUGAAUUGGUUGUACCAAAUUGUCAUGAUUCUUUAACUAUCUACGAUGAUGAGAAUUUUAAAAGUGAAUUAACAAGUGUGUGUGAUAACGAUAAUACCAUUAAAAAGGAGAAUAAGACAAAAUCUAACUUUUCAACAAAGAUAGAUUUUUCAGAGAAGAUUCCCGGCAAAAGAUUUUUUAUUAGAAAAAUUAAUUAA